UAAUCCCACUUUAUUUUCUUUAAAUCCCAUCUCUCUCCAACCCUAAGCCAAACCCUCUCUCUCUCUCACACACAAAUAGAUACACAUAUGCAAAUACACGACGACAUGGAGGUUUGUUCAACAGUCACAACGAAGAAGCUCUCAAGCCUGGCCAAGCUAAUCCUCUUCACCAUCCAGAAGGUUUCAGACGCCUCACGUCACAAACUCCUCACAACCCUCGAUCCACAUCUACUCGCUAAACGUGGCAAGAUCCUACGCAAAUCCUUAAACGAAGCCGUUUCAACCUCCCACUCACGCAUCACGUGCCGUCCUUCCGACCACCAAGAUGUCCGAUCAUCCUUCAUCUCCCCUGUCCCGCUCCAGCUAGAGUACGAGUUCAGCUGCAGCAGCACCCCACCGAGACGUUCCUACGCCACCACCGUAAGCAAAGGGCGACGUAGUAACGGGUCUCACAACAAACCGCUCAUCAACAAGCGCCAACGCCAAGCGUAUAUCCGGUACAACACACUUCCCAAGGUUCGUGACUCCAUCUGGGACCGACACGUGUCGGCGGCAGUGUUUCCCGACGUAGCUAGCAGCACCGGUACGAUGGAAAGCUGCCACGUGGACAGAGCUGCGGAGGAGUUUAUACAGAGGUUCUAUAGACAGCUGAGGUUGCAGAAGUGGAUGAUGGCUCAGGAGGUUUAAAACAUUAAUUCACUUUACAAAAAAUCUUAUCGAAAAAAUAAAUAAAAACAUUCUAG